ACUCUGGAUUCUAGCUUAGAUCAUAUAUGAUCUAAGGAUUCCAGGGAUGACCCUGGAUUUUAAACUUUUAAGUUAAAUUAAACUUUGAAAUUUAACUGUAGUUUUAACAACUGAUAUAUACACCAGUGUUGAAGUAUAAUUACAACAGCAAACAUUCAAUGACAGCUUUAUAUUUUUAAUCCACCUACACUAUAAAAUAGUUUGAAUUCAUUUUUUUUCUUUGCAAGAACGAUUGUAUUUGAAAAAUAAUGCCACUCAACGAUUUCAAGAAUCCUGAACUUGUUCCGAUCUCCAACGUAAUUGGUUUGACAUCUCAACGACCCCUUAGUACAUUUCCUGAAAUGUGGUAUCAAACUUUUUUAUGGGCGUUAUUCUCAUCUGCUGUUGUCCAUACUGUAGCUGCAAUAAUUGCUUUCGCUACACUCCAUAAACAUAGUUUUGGAAAGUUUUUUCCAUUGUUCAUUUUAUUGGUUGGAAUAUUUGCUCCAUUAAGUUCAGGCAUAGUCAGCAGUGCUACCAUAGCAUUUGUCUAUCGAGCAUCUAGUAUUCAAAUGCAACCGUUGUAUGCAAUGUUUUGGGGAGUAGGACAGACAUUACUCUCAGCAGCUGUAGGUUUUACAAGAAUAUUAGCUACAUUAUAGAUCAAUUUGUACAUACCUUGUACAUAAUAUAACAUAAAAGAUUGUAUAUAUUUUGUGUGAUGUCUAUUAAUAAACAAGAAUUGUGAUAUAACAAAUUUGUACAUAUUUAUUUUUUAAUAAAUAAAAUAUAAUGUUGAAAGUAA